UCACCGGCCUCCCUCCUCUCACACUUUGGUCUCUGAGCACGAUGACUUGUGUUGAGAAGCUGCUGCUGGUGCUGGUGGUGGCGUUGGGUUCCAACGCGGCCGCGGUGGUGGAGGAAUGUGACGGGCUGAAGAAGCCGCUGCCGGCAGACGACCUGCACCAGAUCUUUGGGGACUGGGUUCUGGUCUGGGCCACCACUGAUAUUCCUGAAGGUUGGAGCAUCUAUCCCAACAUCACCAGCUCCCACGUCGAGCUGCGACUCCAUGCUGACAACAAAACCAUUGAGUUCAACGAGAGGAACUUCCACGCUGAUAACUCAUGUUCCAACUACAUCCUCAACAUGUCGUCGGACCCUGCUGGGCCCUCCGACCGCCACACACUGAAAAGCCUCGCCGCCACGGUGGAGAAGGAUGGAGUUGUGCAACCUUACAAUGACACAGGGGACCUGGAUUUGUACGAGAGCUGCUCAGACUGUCUGGUCGUGAUCUACACAAACAAAGAAGGACGCUUCCUGAUGAUCUACAGGAGGGAGGGUCAUCACUCAGAUGUUGAUCAGUUGAAAGCUUCUCACACUGAACACAAGAAACAAGCCCAGUGUUUUGGAUUCCUUGGCGACCAAGAGUUCUUCUACGACGGAGUCAGAGAUUUCUGUCAUAAGAAAUCCUCUGGAGAGCUGAAGGUUGAAUCCUGAGUGAACAACAAACUGUUGAAUCAUCAAUCAAAUGAACGCAAAUCACAAACUAUGAUUGUGUUUUUCACAACAUGAUGUAAACACAUGUGAACAUUAUGACACCAAUGUGGUGAGAACCAGAUGUUCAGUAGCUCUGAUUAUUAAAACAUGUGUGAAUAAACCACAGAAAUGCAUACAAA